AUGGCAGAGUACGAAUGACGUUGAAGCGCUUGCGGAUCUACGGAAAAUUAAAUUCAUGCAAAAAGUUUUAGAACCUGCUUAAAAUUUUCCGAAUAGAAAAGUGUCGAUAAAUAUUAGUUUACGCAAGUGAAAACAGAAUGCUUAAGAGACGAAUGUUAGAUUUAUUUGGCUACUGAUGAACAAAAAUUUUAGAACUGGUUUUUGUGAAAAUAUGUAUCAUUGAGCAAAGGUUAUUCAAUAACUCGAGUGCAAAUUUAGAUGGGGCGUUGAAGGAAUGGUACAAAGAAUUGGAGUGAGACUGAAAAACAAGUUGCGUCCUUAUAGAUAUCAGCAUUUUUAUGUAAUACAAUGAAGAUGUGCGGGAAUAACAUUGCACUUGUAACAUAUUAGUUCGCAUAACGAAUAACCUUCAAUACUUUACAUUAGUUCAUGGCUACGGAAAGGACAUUAGCACAAUUCAAGAUGAUUCGACAGCACUUUGAACCUCCGAUCGACUACCAUCAACAACAGCAACAACAAAUACAGCAGCAAGUUCAGCAGCAACAAAUUCAGCAGCAAGUACAACAACAAGUUGCUCAGCAGCAGCAAAUAUCUAAAAUAGUGAGCAGUCCACCACCGACAAUUGUUGGUACACCAAAUGGAACAACGAUGUGUGUGGCUAAGUUGAUCGUAGGUCUUGACCAUGCUCCGUUAGCGUUCAAUGUGCGCCAAAGGAUAAUCGGUGAAGGAGGUACAAAUCUGAAUUACAUACGAUCGGAAACAGGAGCAAUAAUUUCUCUUCGUGGGCGUGGAUCGCUAAACUUUGAACCCCAAACCGGACAGGAAGCACUAGAACCGUUGCAAUUGUGCAUUGAGCAUCCAACGUUGGAGGGCUUUCAACACGCAAAACAACUGGCGAAAAAUUUAAUCGAAACAUUACAAGAAGAGUUGAAUUUGUUCCAGGAAGUACCAAAACAGAAUUUUCAGCUGAUUUCUCAACCAACACUUGUCCAAACGCCUCAGGUGUCGCAGAUGCCACCGCUAAUGCGUUCUCAGCACAUGACUCAGACAAAUGGUUUAAUUCAUCAGCCUCCGCCACCGGUGCUGCAACAGCAAGGAUUCAUGCAGCAUCCACAAAGUCAACCUCCACCCCCACAGAUCAUACAACAACCGCCUACAAUAAUACAAUCUCAUGUACCGGUUCAAAUACAUCAGCAGCCCAGUAAUGUUGUUAUUUCACAAAUUCAAACUGCACCGCAGAUUACAAAUGUUAGUAAUCCGCCACCCGGUGCGCAAAUUCGGCCUCCUAUGAUGCAAAUCAAGAAUUCCAUCCCACCACAUCUUUCGCAGCCUCCACCCAACAUGCAAAUUCCGCAGGUGACGGAAGCGCCACAACAGAUAUUGGUAAACCAAGCACCGCCUUACCAGGUACAAUAUAUUCAACAGAAUGCUCCGAUUCAAACAAGCAGUGGUCCGCACCCUGCAGGACAGGUAACGAUUCAACAUGUCAUACAACCCCAGACUCAACCAAUCCAAGGAAUAAUGCAAAGUACACUGCCUCCCCCACAGUUCGAUCAAUAUCAGAGGCCACCACAAGGCCAACAGAUUAUAACUGUUCAAGGAAGUGCGGCAUUCAUGGUUCCGCCGCCUAACAUUAUUCAUCAAACUGUGGCUCCACAUCCGCAUAAUCAGAUCAUCGUUCAGUCGCAACCGAUCAUCACUCAUCCACCUCCAAACUCGAUACAUCCCGAAAUCGUACAGUCCGGUAUGGGACCACCUCCUAUUGGCCAGGUUCCAAUGAUGGUAAAUGGAGCGGAUGAUAAGAAACCCGGUGAAAUUCAUCUAAAGCCAGAACAAAUAAAACUCGAAGAAGGGCCGCCUCCGGGAACGAUUAUUCAACAAAUAGGAAAACCAACCGUCAUUCCUGUUUCUUCGAUGCAAAAUAUUACUUUGAGUCAACCACCGCCACCAAUAAUGUCGGUUCCCCCUCCAACCGUGCAGCACAUUGUUGGCAAUACGAUUAUAACGUCGCAACAGAACCAUACCGUUAGUCAUGCAAUUCCGCAACAGAUCUACAGCCAAAUUCCGGUGUCGAUUCAGUCAUUUCAAUCGCCUCCGCAGCAAAUUCACAUGAAUGGCGGCACUCACUAUGUCGUGAAUGCACAGCAGUCUUGGCCCCCGAACGGAACCACACAACCACCUCAGAUCCAACAGGUACCGGUUAGUUCGGUACAGAAUAUUCAAUUCGCACCGCAAACAAUGCGUAAUCCAAAUGAGAUUCAAAUCAUCAGCUCCCCGGCGAUCAUCAGUGCUGCCGAGUACCGGCCGCCCCAGCAGCACAUCAUCACGACCAGCUCAUUCAAUCCGCAAAUGCAACCGCCGCCUGGGAUGCAAGUGAUUCACACCGUUCCACCACCGCACCAACAGAUUAUAACGAGCAUUCCGAAUCCACAACCGCAAAUCAUCGAAGCGCCGCAACAUCCGGUGCCUCCACCUCACUCGGGACCAACUCAUCAAAUUAUUGCGACACCAGUUCCCGCACCGCCGCCACAGUUCACCACAGUUCAGUACACGACUGCUCAUGAACCUAAGUCAUCAAUAGAAAUUCAACUGCAUCAGCAGCACGGUAUGAGGUCAGGACAAAAGCGCAAACAUCCGGAAGAUGAAUCGCACAAGAAUAUUCCUCCCAAAAUGGGAAUGGGGAUGAAUCUGAGCAGCGGCGCCAGCUCGGUGACAGCAAAAUGUACGAUGUCUUCAACAUCGACGGCAACGGUUACAACAUCAUCGACGUCCGGUGGUCUAAUAACAUCGCAAAUUUCUUCAAACUCUACAGAUGAGUUGCAACAUGCAGACGAUGGCAAUAACUCGGGAAACGAGCAGCAGUCCGGCGACGAGCACAACGUCGAAAACUUUGGCGGUAUCGGCGUCGGCAGCUGCACAAACAACAACAAUAAUAAUAACAACAAUAACAGUAAUAAUAACCCACAUAGUGGACCGAAGCAUAGUCACAAUGGACAGCACCAGAUGUCAGGUGGUAAUAAUAGGCCACGGGGUGCGUACCGUAUGAGUCAAUCCUAUUUUGGAAGCAACAGCAAUGGCAGUUAUCAGCAGAACAGUUUCCAUAGGAACUAUGAAUCUGCGCCACCACCACCGCCAAAAUGCAGGUGGUAGAUAUUUUGGCGAAAUGAAGUUAAAAAGUGUCAACUGUUUUCGAUUCGUUAGUGCUUGUAACUGUGAAUUAAAUUAGCGCUUUCGAAAAAAGCCCAGCUCUAUCACCGUGUGUUGAACAGCACGUCAAGUCGCUAGGGAAUUUGAAUUAUUACAUUUUCAUGAACUGUACAUAAAUAUUUUGAUCUAACCAAGACUACGCAAGUUAAAAUGUGUUAUUAAAAAAAUAGAUAUUAUUUUGCCGAA